GUGUGACAUUUAUAUUUUAUAAAUUCGUUAGUGGGUCGUCUACUACAAAGUAACUUUGUCUAUAUAAAUUAUUAUUACAGUAAAACCUUAAUGUUGAACUAAGAUAAUUGUUAUUACACAAAUCGUAGUUAAAAACUUGAUAAAAAAUGUAAAGAUUCAAGAACAUUAAGUACUUUUAUUACGAGUGUUUAAUUACUAAUUCAUAUCCGUGAUACGACGAUCGCAGCAUAUCAAAACAAACAAAAUUUGACACUUCCCUAAAAUACAUCCAGGCAUACAUCAAGAAAAUGCCUAAAGUUGUUUCCAGAAGUAUUGUUUGUUCUGACACAAAAGACCAAGAAGAAUAUAAUGAAACAAAACCACUGCAUAUUUACUAUUGUUUAUGUGGACAAAUGUCGCUUAUUCUGGAUUGUUCAUUAGACAGACUACCACUGCGACCAACAGACGGAGCCAGAGUAAUUGACGGUUCAAAACAUGCUCAUAAAAUCACUUCAGAUCCUGAUGAAACAGUUUAUUUAAAACGAGAGAAAGGUAUUGAAAGGCAAUACAGAUUAAAGUGUAAGAAGUGUUCUAUUCCCAUAUAUUACAAGCAUAAUCAAGAAAGCAAUGUUGUUUUUAUAUUUGAGGGUGCAUUAGUUCAGACUGUGGGUGAAGUAACAGACAUCUAUAAACAAGUAGCUUUAGUGCAACCAAAGAAAAUUAUGGUUACAAAACAUACUAAGAACAUGGGUAAAUUCAGUUCUGUAACGGUUUCCACUAUAGAUGAGGAAGAAGAUGAGAUAGAAGCGAGAGAAGUGGCAGACAGCUAUGCCAAUAAUGCUAGGAUUAUUGAAAAACAAUUAGAAAGGAAGGGAAUGAACAAGAGACAGGCUGAAAUGCCAUCACAAGGUUCUAGUGAAAAAAGAGUUCGAGGGACUUUGAUUGACAAGUAAUUUUUUAUUUCUUUUUUGAACAUUGCAAGAAUUAUAAAAUUUUUAACUUAUAAAUACA